AUGUCACCAAUAAAAAAACAAAAACUACAGGAUGUUCGCAGUUUUUUACCAUCUUGGACAAUUGAUUACGGCUUUAUUAAACAUGGAGAUAAGAGUCGUUGUGGUCUGUGUUCCGAAGUUAUUGUAUGUCGAACAUCUUCUAUUAAACGACAUUUUGAAACUAAUCACAUGGAAAUUUCUGAAAAAAAUAUUGCCGAAAGAAGAGAAUUAAUAUCACAACGAUUAAAAGAUGUUGAAAAACAAUCAAAUUUGUUUUCAAGAUUUGUGAAAACUCCUAAUAAUAUAACAGAAGCGAGUUUUGAAAUUUCUUAUUUGAUUGCUAAACACUCGAAACCAUUUUCUGACGGAACGUUUAUAAAAACACUUAUGUUAAAAGCUGCUUCCAGUUUGUUCCAAGAUUUCAAUAAUAAGGAAAAAAUUCUCCAAAGAAUACAAGAAUUACAGAUGAGUAGAAAUACUAUUAAACAAAGAAUUUUAAAAAUGAGCAUUAAUAUUUCCGAACAACUUCAAACCGAUAUUAAUAGUUGCGAUUUCUUCUCAAUUUGUUUGGAUGAAACAACUGACAUAAACUCGUCUGCCCGAUUAGCAAUUUUUGCACGUUAUUCAAAAGGGAAUGAAAUACGCGAGGAGCUGUUGAAAUUAGCAAAUAUACCGGAAAGAACAAGAGGUGCAGAUAUUUCACCUAAUAUGACUGGUCCGGCAACAGGGUUUGUUAAUUUAUUUCAAAAACAUGUUGGACAUCCGAUUAUAAGAUUUCAUUGCAUCAUUCACCAGCAAAUGCUUUGUGCAAAAGUAGGUACUAGCGAUUUAAAAGAAGUUUCAGAAAAAGUUAAUAAAAUUAUAAACUUUAUUGUUGCACGUGAUAUGCACAAAAGACAAUUUAAAAAACUUUUAAAUGAUGUCGAUUAUUGUAACAAUAACCUCCUUAAUUGGAUGCGAUUAGAUAAUUUAGAAAUGCAAAUUAUUGAUCUGCAAUCCAAUCCAAUUUGGGUAAAUAAAUUUGUGAAUAUGCGGAAGCUUGUUGAAGAUUUAGAAAGCCAUCGAUCCCAAAAUGUGGAAUCAGAAUGUUUCAUGGAAAGUAAAAUUUUAGAAGCUUGGAAUAGUAUGCCAGAUACCUUUUAUUCUGUCAAAAAAUUAGCAAUCUCGUUGUUAACGAUUUUCUCUUCCACUUACUCUUGCGAAAGUCUUUUUUCCGUUUUGAAUCAUGUACAUUCAAAGACUAGAAACAGAUUAACAGAGGAAGAUUCGGCAGCAUGUAUUACUCUGCAGUCAACAAUGUACCAGCCCGACAUAAAAACUCUUGCAAAGUAUUAUUCCUGGAAAUUGGAAUUAAUUGAUAUACUUGAUUGUAAAUUUCUUGUUUCUAAAAAUAAUUUCAACAUGUUACCUUGGUGGGCAUUAAAAAAUAUAAUCAACGACGAUGUUCGCUGUUUACUUAAAACAACAGCGGUACUUCAAAAUCAACUGUGUCAAACUGUGGAAACAAAUAAUAUCAAAAAAAACUCGCAAGCGGUAAAAUAG